AUGCUAUCUCCAUGCUCGCUGUUCUACAUCGAGGAGUUCGAAAUCGGUGGAGGGGACACCAUAGCAAGCGGGUUAAGUGUUUUGUUCUCCGACCCUGUAGCAGUGAGGCAUUCGCUAGAGAUUCUAUCAGAAUUAGCCACAAAAGAUCCCUAUGCUGUUUCAAUGGCAUUAGGUGCCCUGCAGGAUGUGAUCCGUUUGAAUGAUGUUCUCGCUAGAGUUGCACUUGCUAAGUUGUGCCAUUCUGUAUCCAAAGCAAAUGCAUUAGAUGAACGUCCAGAUAUCAAGUCUCAGUUUGAUCCUCUCAUCUGUCAGCUUCUCCUAGAUCCCAGUGGAAGAGUUUGCUUGGAGGCGAUACUUUGUGUAGUGGGUAUAUUUGAAAACUUAGAGAGCGGAGAAGUUCUGAAACUUCCUAAUUCAUCUUCUCUGAAGGACCUGACUUCUGAGGAUAAAGAUUCAGUUCCGGCAAAGGCCAAGAUAGAUAAGUCUUCUAAGACAAGGCAUCCACAGCCUCUGAUCAAGCUAGUCAUGCGGAGAAGCUUUUCACGGCCUAUAUUGCAUGCAGCGGCAAGAGUUGUACAGGAGAUGGGAAAAACCCGUGCUGCCUCCUUUGCCUUAGGGCAGUAUAUUGAUGAAGGAACAGAAGUUAAUACUUUUUCUGAAAGCAUUGACUCGUAUGAUGCAGAUAUAAAUCCAACUGCACCAUCUGAAGGUAUUCGUAUAGUUCCAUCAAUGUCUAGUGGGAUGGCCCCAAAGGACACAAUUGCCAGUUUGUUGGCUUCGUUAAUGGAUGUUGUGCGAACAACUGCUGCAUGUGAAUGUGUUUAUGUGCGUGCGAUGGUGAUCAAAGUGCUGAUAUGGAUGCAAAGUCCACAUGAAUCAUUCGAUGAAUUGGAAUCCAUCAUUGCAUCCAAGCUCUCAGAUCCUUCUUUGCUAGCAACUGUGCUGCUCAAUGAUGUGUUGCUCACAUUGCAUACUCGUUUUAAGGCUACACCAGACAUGGCAGUAACUCUUCAGGAAAUUGCGAGAAUAUUUGCAACUAAAGUUCCAGGAAUGAUCGAUGCUGCUGUACUGCAACUUCUUUGGAAAGUCUGGUUCCUUGGAGAAAAUGCAAAUUAUGCUGCGUCUGAUUAUGUCUGGGAGUCGGUUACACGACCCGGUACCGCGUUAAUGAUCUUGGACACAGAUAAAAUGGUUCUUGCAGCCAGCUCUCGUAAUCCUACUCUCUGGUGCACUGACUCGACUCCAAAGUCAUGGUUUAUGGAUCACCAAAUAUUGGAUGAUAUUCCUCCUGAAAGUUUCAUCGAUUUUGAGUUGCGUGGAAACGUUGAUGCCCUACUCCAAUGUCUGCCACCUUUGGAGCUGUGUCAUUUGGAAUGGCCAUUCAAGUGA